GAUAGAGAGAGAGAGAGAGAGAGAGAGAGAGAGAGAGAGAACACAGCAGAGUUUGUUCUAAUAAAUAAGUGAGUGAAAGUGGAAAUAGACGUGCAGAGAAGGAGUUACGCUCAUAUUGAAGGUCUCCACUCACAGAGGGACGCUGAGUGUGUCUGAGCGCUAAAUGGACCUUUAACUGGAUUGUGUUUGAGUCUGUUAAUCACAGAUGGAGACCCUCUUUGCCAAAGCUCUCUACGACAACACGGCAGAAAGCCUGGAUGAGCUGGCUUUCCACAAGGGCGACAUUGUUACGGUGAUGGAGCAGAAUGUGGAGGGAAGCACUGGCUGGUGGAAAUGCUCUCUACAUGGAAAGGAAGGUUUGGCACCAGCCAACCGCCUGAUGCGCCUUUCGCAAGCAGAGGCUGAAGCGCUGGGUCUCAGAAGCCAGAGCAUCUAUCAAAUCCCCAAAGUGCCACAGCCCUUAGAAGCCAGCCCAACUUAUGAGAUCAUGGAGCGCUUCUAUAAGGUGCCCUCCAUGCAAGCGACUCAAGUCACCACGCCUUUCCCACAGAAACACAAAACACCGGAGGUGCCCGAGGGAACCAUCUCUCCACACAGGGUGGUGUGGCCGUCCGCCGGUCCUGAUUCAGAUGUGUAUGAUGUUCCAAACCUUGCUAGAAACGGCUCCGUAAUGACAGCGGCAUCACCACGGCCUUUAGUACGGAACGUCUCUCUGUUGCCUGCUACAGAGAUCCAGAAGAGAUAUGAAACCAUGGAAAAUAGAAAGUGGAAACGAUGCCAGAACAACGUUUAUGCAGUGCCACCCUCAAUCCCUCAAGAGCCCAACUAUGACAUCCCUGUGCCUUCAAACAGUGAGGCUCAUCAAAGGGUGGCUUGUGGCUACAGCACUAUGCCCAACCUACGCAAAUCCGAAUGGAUCUACGAUGUGCCUGUGGCACCUGAGAAGUCCAGGGGUGAAGCUGUUAACUAUGGCACCAUUCCGUCCAAAUGCACAAAUUCAAGCAAACAACUUUACGACACACUGCCGGCACGAGUUUGGCCUGCAACAUCUGCAAGCUCCCUCUACGACAUCCCAAAAUCUAGCAUGGCUGCGCAACAAAGUGUAGACUCUAGCAAGCCAGGGAAUGAAGGCAUCUAUGAUGUACCACCUGCCGCCAAGCAAAGAGAAACACCUCUGGAGGUUCUACCACUUCAAAAGCAGCAAAACUUAAACCUGAAUGAUUCUGACAAGGGUCCUGUUCCUCUUGAGUACAGAGGUAACAGCAGACCCAUGUAUGACUUUCCUCGAGGGCGCCCAUCAUGGGGCAGAAAGGCAGAAAUGUCCAACCAGUCCCAAGAGGGAGCAAUUAGCGUAGAGAGUGAGGAGAGUGUGGAGAAAGGCAGAGGUCUGUCUGUGCCCAAAAACCAACGUAGCUCAACCGCGUCAACUUCCUCUACCACCUCCAGCUCUUCCAGGAGCUCUUGUGACUCCUUGAUGCUAAGUUCACCUUCUCCCGAGCUUCUAAGAGAGAUCACAGCGCCCCAGGAAGAGGUGUCCCAAAAGUUGUUGGAUCUCCAGGAAGUGGUGUGUAAAGCCAUUCCGAAACUCAUGGACUUUGUUAGCAGCAGUUGGAGAUGCCGGGAGCAUCUUGGCCAGCAUCUCCAGGAAAUCCGCAUAGCAGCUGAGGAUGUGGCAAACUCAAUCAACAGCUUCCUCGAUUUUGCUCUGGAUGUCAGAGGAAACGCCCGGCGGCUGACUGAUUCCAACUUGCAGGCACGGCUCCAGAAACAGCUCUCCAUUGUGGAAGACUCAGGACUCAUUCUUCAGCAGUCUGUGGAAGAUCUUGGUGGCUUGGGGUGGUCUCUAGAUGCUCUGGUUCAGGAUCCUGAAAAGCCACACACUCCAGACCAGCUUGAACGCUUUGUCAUGGUGGCCCGAACGGUGCCUGAAGAUGUGAAGCGUCUAGUGUCCAUCCUCAAUGCUAAUGGAAAGCUUCUGUUCAGAAGCUCUUCAAAGGAGCCAGAGUCAUCAAAGAGCACCAGUCCCGCUGACAGAACAACAAGCCUGGGCAGGAAUGAACCACUGCCAGACUCAGAGGGAGAUGACAAUGAUUACGUGCAACUUCAGACAAAGACAGAGUUUGAGCAGCAACAGCAAAUAAAAGAAAAAGACGACACAAAUGAAGGAAAUAAAGGAAAACAGGUUUCCAAACCGGUGCCUCCCAGACCUCCCAACAAAAGUCCCAGCAAGUCCCAAAUCUCAGACCACUGCCGUCUUUACUUUGGAGCCAUCAAGAAAGCCAUCACUGUGUUUGUUGUUAGCUUAGAAGAGGGCCAACCACCUGAGAAGUUCAUAGCCCAUGGCAAGCUGGUGAUCAUGGUGGGUCAGAGACUGAUGGACUCCCUGUGCUCUGAAGCCCAGAGCAGACCAGACUGUCAGGAACUUCUUUGCAAGAGCAACCACCUGUGUGCCCUGCUCAAGCAGCUGGCUGUGGCUACUAAGAAGGCUGCCAUGCACUUUCCUGACAAAGUGGCCAUCCAGGAAGCAAGAGACUUUGCCAAAGAACUGGCUCAGAGGGCUCAUCACUUUCGCAUGUCUUUGGAUCUCUAAGGUAGUGCUUCUCAGUCCUGGUCCUGGAGCAGCCUUGCCCUGCACUGUUUAGUUAUUUGGAUUAGAUUAUAUUAACGUCAUCAUCCUCUAUAGUGGACAUUUGUCUUUGGGUUCUCCUCACAUAUAUAGACAGAAUAAUAAUCAUCAUUACUAUUAUCUCUAUUUAUAUAACCUGCAUAGCACAUAGUUGGGACACUUUGUGAAAAGUAAAUGAAAACUAAAAAUUCAGGAUUUGCAAAUCCACUGACCUGCAUUCAAGCAAACAGCACAAAGACAGGAUACUUAAUAUUUUACCUUAUGGGCCUAAAUAUAUCAAUCUGAAAUUGGGGCCUACAACAUGCUCCAAAAGCCAUGUGAGACUAGGAACAUCGGGUCUCAUUUACCAUUCUGUUACUUCAGUCUAGGUCAGAUUCAUGAUGUUCUUAAACUGCAGAACUGCCCUCACCUUUGUGCUCUUGUGUGUGUGUGUGUAGAUUCUGUUCUCACCUAAAAACAAACCCCAAAUAAGAAAACAUUGGUGAGUGUCAUCAUCUCAUGAUCUUAAAAUAAAUGUAAAUACUGCAUAAGUGGGUUUUAAGAAGAAAUCUUUGUUGGUGAAUGUGGCCCAUUGAUAAACCGGUGAUGCUUGUUUACACAAGGAGGAUCUGGGAAAGGCCUGGUCAAAAAACAUGAGCAAUUUCAAUGAUUUUAGGCAUUUCACUCUUUAUGAUGUGUGAUGUUAUCCACAUAAAUGUCUGUGCAUAAAGGGCAAGGCUGAAAACCACAAUGCCCAUGACCUUCCCCCAGACUGCAUUAAAAAACAAGCAUGUUUCUGUUUUGGAUAUCCCAGCAUGGGAUUGGGAAUACUUUGACAAUUUGACAAUCCAUAUCCAAGUGAUAUCCAUUACUAACAUCCAUAAAUGCAAGUUAAGGCUGUACUAUGCACAGCGGAAUCCAUACGUCAACAACAUCCAGAAACACCACUGACUUCUCUGGGCUCAGGAUAAUAUAAAUUGGAUUGAUGUACAAUGGAAGUGCAUCACGGUCCGACAAGUCAAUGUCAUGUUGAGAAACAGGGGUCUAUGAAUUUGAUUGAAUACCAGGAUGGUUCAUAUUGCCAGUCAGAAACUUUCUUGCAUGGUAAUGUAAAUAUGGUGAGUUAGAUUUUUUAUAUAUUGACCACUUCUUUGAUAUCUUUUUGGGAUUUCUAUUUCUGUUGCCAGUUCAUGUAUCAAAGCGUAUGAGAAGAUAACGUUUAUCUCCUAAAUGGGCGACUGAUGACAGUUAAGAGUGGUCAACUAGCCUGAAAUAAGAUCAUAGGGACUUUCACCAUUGGUCUAUUGGUAUGGCAGAGCUCACAUAUGCAGUUUGCUUUGUAAGUUUAAUGAGUACAUAGCUAGCCUGACCUACAAAAAUCACAUGUAAGCAAAACCAAUUGCACUUUUUUGAUGUUGAACAUUGUAGGCGAAAUGUUUGUUUGUAUACAGUAGAGGAAAAUACUAUACAUAACUAUUUUUGUACAUUUUGUGACAUUGUAUUGUCCAUCUAAGAACUGUGUAAAUAUUUAGCUGUUUUUCAUUUUUUACUUUUCCUAU